CACUUGCAAAGGUUCAAGAAAUGUUGCAAGCUCUAUAGGGGUUCUCAUUUGAAUUCACCCAACCAUUGGUGACAAUUAGAAAUGAUUCUUGCGGGUUUUAUUGGAUUGUAGCAUUUAUUGCCUUAGGAAAAAGCUUGGAAAGCAUGACAUCUCCUCAAAAGAUUAACUUUGUGGCAUUGGGGAUUUAUGGCAUGGUGAUCUUCCCUAUCUAUGUUAAAACCAUAGCACCUAUGGUGAUAGCCUUGUUUGAGCAAUUGUUGCAUACUUUGGUGUUUAAUCAUGCUUUUACAAUGGUGGCGUGGCUGAAACUUUGAGGUCUAUGGGAGAUAUUAGGGCAAAGGGAUCCGAUCAUUUCUCGAGUUGCAUUGAGUUGUUCACUACAUGGGCACAUAGUCACUUGAUGGGUUCACAAUUUGAAGCUUUACUCAGUGUUCCUAUAAAAGAUAGAACGAUCGAGGACAUUUUUUGUUGCCACAAUUAAUAAUGUCAGGUUUGUUCU